ACCCUAACCUAAAUAAAUAAAAAUAAAUAAAUAAUGGAAGAUAUUCACACAAUUGAACAAUUUUACGGCGUUUACUUGUUGUACUGUAGAAAUCCAAAAUAUUUGGGUCGCACAUACAUUGGUUACACCGUCGACCCCAAUCGACGAAUAAAACAACACAACAAAGGUAAAAAAUUUGGUGGAGCCUGGAAAACAAGCAACAGAGGCCCUUGGGAUAUGGUGAUGAUAAUUCAUGGUUUUCCCAAUGACAUUGCUGCACUAAGAUUUGAGUGGGCCUGGCAACACCCGCAAGAUUCCCGACGACUUAAACACGUCCCCAAAAAGCGGAAUAAUGAGAAAAUGUUCGAUUUUUGCCUCAGAGUUCUGUCAGAGAUGUUAAGAACUGGCCCCUGGCACAGACUGCCUUUGACCAUCAGAUGGUUGAACCAAGAAUAUGCUAAGGACUUCCCUGCAAACAAACUUCCUCCAAUGCACAUGCCUAUCUGUUACGGCUCUGUUGUAAGCAAAAAACUUAAGUCAACAUCAUCACAAGAAACUAUAGAAGACACAAACACAUUCUGUUAUAUUUGUAAUGAUUUUAUACGAGAAAAACCGAUACGCUGCCUUAAUAAAACCUGCAGCAUGUCCUCACAUAUUAUUUGUUUGUCUCGGCUCUUUUUAGAGCCAGGUGAAUUUGUACCUAUUGAAGGAAAAUGUCCAAAAUGUUCGGAAUUAUAUUUAUGGGGCGACCUAGUUCGGAAAUACAAGGGCUGCUAUAACGAUGGCUUCACAAUAAAUACGGACGCGGAGCUAUUUUACGACUCGGACAAUGACUGAUAGUAUUUAUUCUAAUUUAAUUAUUUUGUAACAUUAUUGCUGGCUUAAUAAAUGAUUGUUUGAUGAA